AUGGAAACCAUCAAUCCAAGCACUCGACCGAUGAUGAUGCUGCUACUGUGGGUGCUCUAUUUUGGACACACGACUUUCGGGUCCCCUUUGGACUCGCACGAAAUGGAACUCCUAGAGAUGAUUUUCAGGGAUGCCGAAGGCUAUCCGAGCAGUGACCGGGAUCCCAGGGAUAUAGACGUCUUGCCAGCCAGUUCUAUAGGUUGUGAUGAUAGUGGUUCCGCGGAAUACAAUAUGUUUGAUGACUUGGCGCGAAGCGAGGAGUGCUUGGACUGUCUGCCGCCCUGUGAGGAGCCAGUUUAUGACGACAGACUGCCCAUGGAACAUCCUUGUUUUGUGAGAAUGCUGCUGCUCAGAACUCCGUUGCUUAAACAGGAUCCCUGUGCCAAUUUCUCCUUGGCGACUCAGCCACCUAGAGUCAACAAGAAACCCAAACAUAAGAAGUGUAACCCAAAAGCUAAGAAGCAAAAAACUGCAACUAAAAUAGAGCCAGUACCUCCAUCUAAUAAUGGAACUUUGAACUCUACAGCUGCCCCAAUAGCUACAUCGACAGAACCUAAUUCAAAAAUCAUAAGAAUUUCUAAGCUAGUACCGAGAAAAAGGAAAAAUACAACCACAACUUCAACUUCCACAACGAGCACCACAACAACUUUGGAAACAACAACCGUGGAGGAGACAACACGGCCAGUGGAACUAACCACAACGACAACCGAAACGGAACCCCCAACAACCACGGAAUUGGAAACCACUACCCUCCCACCCACUACCACGGAGCCCCCACUGGCCGACAAUCAAUUGAAGCGGUUCACUGGCAUGCUCCCCAGGAAAAAGAAUGUGCCCGAUCCCCCCCAAAUCAAACUAGAUGGAAAUUUGCAGCCCAGCGAGGUCAUCCAGGUAAUAGUGACCACCGAGGCCGCCGAACUCAUGAAGCUACCGGAUGGGGAGAACUCGACCACUGUCACGCCUACUACGGCAGUUGUCGUGACCACUUCCGUUCCGGAAACCACAACAGAAGAAAGCUGCGAAGCAGAGAGCAUGGGAGACAGUGGCGAUGGGGAAUCCAGCAAACAGGGGCAACCAGAGUUCCCGGAAACCCAAGAGCAAGAUGUCGAAGGUAAAAGGACUGGAGGUGACCAUGGUGGAGAGGAGCCCUGUGAAGACACAGAAGAACAGGAUACAAAUCUUUGUCCGCAGGUGGUGCCAGCUCAGCGAAAUGGUAAGUCCCACUCGAGACAUCCACCUCCUCCUCGUUUUCGCAAACCUAUCAAAAACUAUGUGGAACCAAUUCUUUACGAGGGACACUUUGACAAGCCACACCAUCAAAUGCCUCCCAUUGGACCCCAACAGAGGGACUUCUUUAUAUCCAACAAACAGAUAAUGCCCAGACCCAAGCCAAAGUACAAGAAACGUAUUCCUCCUUCCAUUUACGUGAACAACAUUGUCCGGGGCAUGGAUUGCAACGAUGAGAAUGAUUCCCAAUCCGAGGAACAUCCGAGAAAUCCACCCAGUCCACCCCAAAGACAUUGGGACUUGAGAAGAAUUGGUGUUGUGUCAAGAAAUCAGGUCUUAAGGAAGCCUGUCACUGAAAGAAAUGUUAGAAAUUUUGUACCAAUGCCUGCUAGAAGAUUGAGUUCUUUUCCGGAACAUUCCGUCAGUAUAGGUCCAAAGCAAGAAAAGCAGUACGUAAUAGAAAGGGAUCCGGAACCCCGUCCUAUCCAUCCUCAUUACUCUGAAGAGGAAUUCGAAAUGGGCAACAUGCCGAGGGGUACCUCAUCCCCUAGCUUAGAUCCUUGCCAGCAGGAGCACGAUUAUCUCCAAAGGAAAAUCCUCCAUCGUGAGCCAAAUGAGUCUCGUUCUCAGCACCCCACACCAUCCCACGUUUUCACCUAA